UGGGAUUUGCUGAUGUACACUCUGGUAUCAGCCACUACUUGGUCUCUGCCGGACGCACGUACAGCGGCACUGAACUCACUCCGAAUGGACCGGUUCGUGUAAACCACAGCAAUGACGGCAUGUCAUUGGAUGAAGGCAUCGCACAGACAGCCAUCAUACCACUAGAGGGCAGUAUAACAGACCCAUCUCAUCUGUAUCUCUGCAUCUCCAUCUGGGCUGUUAAUGGGGUUGGGAUACCAAGCAGCCGCCAUCAUUCCACUUUCGAAGCCACUCCUACUCUACCAGACGAGGGCUCCCUUGUCCUGCUGCGACGCUGCUUCCCUACAACAUGCAAGGGCCAUUGUGCGUGUGCACCCAUUGAUAGAGCAUGUAAUCCAGACCAGUCUUGCACUGAUGUCACUCACAGUAACCCCAACACUGAGAUAGAAGUUUUGGAUGUAUUGGAUCUGAUGAAUGAUGAUAUCAAUAAUGUGAUUGAUAUUGAUGAUACCGCCACUCAGUCUAUAGCUGCUGCAGUAUGGCGAGUCACUGAGCAGAAAGGACUGGAUAUUAAGUGGUUCGAAUGGAGCAUUGGUGAUGACUCUUCAUCAGAUCCUGUGGGAAUCUUUGAUCCAGUUCAGGAUAGGUUAUGGUAUGAUAUUGGACAAAACAACCAAACUAUCAUCACACUGGAUGAAGAUCACAAGAUGGAGAAGGGAGUCACGUAUCAUGUGUUCAUCAGGGCCUGGUAUAAUCCUACUACAUACGCAGUGUUCAGAUCAGAUGGCAUCACCCCGGAUAUCACACCACCAAAAAUAUCAACAGUCAGAGGUGCAAAGAUAAAAGAUCUUGCCAGAUCUUAUGCCAGGAAAGACACUGAUUACUUGAUGGAUCCUAACGUCCUCUUUAUCUCCUGGAAGAGAGUGUUUUUAGACGACGCGAUGUCCCACUACCAGGUGUCUCUGAGUACCUACCCAGGAGGUGAAGAUAUUCGUCAGUUUGCUGACCACACCUUCCCGGCCAGUGUGUCCUCCACACAGUUCACCAAUCUGAAUCUAAAGAGUGGACUGCGAUACUACAGCAACGUACGAGCAUUCAACAAAGCUGGUCUGCACACGCUGAAAAGCAGUGAUGGCUUUGUGGUGGACACAAGGAGGCCAGAUGCAGGCCUUGUGUUUGAUUGUUAGUUUCUUGAUUUCUUUAUGCUAAUCUCUGGGGUUAGAACAUUUAAGGUGUCUCACGCUCUUUUUGUAGAAUUCUCGUUUCGAUUGUUUUAUAAGUCUUGAAACCUUGUUUCGCAGGAAUCUCCAAAGGUAAGUUUUGCCAUCCACAUUAAACUUAUAGGUGUAAUACCGUUCUUUGGCACA